GACAUCGUUUACAGCGCAUGCGUGAUCUCCAAGAUGGCGGCUGCAUCGACUGAAGAAUCAACAAAUAUUUCGUCUAAUACUAAUGGAGAGCCGUAUGAAGCGAGAUGGGGCUUCAGUUUAGAAGAGAUAUUUAAAGUAGCAGUCGAUCAGUAUAAGAAAGGGAAAGAAGACAUUUGUUUCAGUUAUGAUGAUAAACUGCAUGCUGUGGCUUAUUGGAGACAAGCUACUCGUGGUAAGUGGGAUGAGAGCAAGACACAGGAUGUUGGAUAUUUUGAUGUGAUUGGAAACGAUAGAAAGAAGGCAUGGCAAGCAUUAGGUGAUAUGAGCCAAGAAGACGCGAAGAGGAAGUUUGUUGACUUACUUUUGAGUCGAGUUCCUGCUUUGUCUCACAUGUUGGAAGAUAUGAAAAAAGAACGAGAGGAGAAAGAGAGAAUGGAGCUAGAGAAAAGAGAGGCGGCUGCUAAAGAAGAGGAGAGGCUCAAGCAACUAAGAGAACAAGAACAAAGAAGGAAAAGGGAAGAAGAAGAAAGAUGUCAAGCAUUAGAAGCAGAAAGGGCACGUCUGCAACAAGCAGCUCUUCUAUCACAGCAGCAGCAACAACAGCAACAGUCACAUCAACAAACGGUAUCAGUAGUUGACACUAAAACUCAGUUGGAAACUCCUGCAGUUCAUCCUUCAGAAGAAACAGAUGGUACAGGUGUAGAAGAUCUAUCAAAAUAUGCAAUUAGUCAACUGAGUGCGGCAGAAUUCAUUUCAGAAAUGCAGAAGGAUCCAGACGCUUGUAUAGUCGUUGGCCGUGGUGAAUGUGUUACAGUGAGAGUCCCAACACGUGCAGAUGGAUCAGCACUUUACUGGGAAUUUGCAACAGAGAAUUAUGACAUUGGAUUUGGUCUUAGUUUUGAAUGGGCAUAUCAACCAACAGCUAGUAAUGCAGAGAAUGGGGUGAAUGUCUCACCAAAAGCUGCAAGUCCUGAUGCUGCUACUAGAGUUGAUCCUCUUCUGCCAGUUCUAAGAAGGAACAGUCACGAGCAGGUGAUAGCAGGGAGACACAAAUUCCCUGGAGCUGGUGUCUACCUAUUACAAUUUGACAACUCGUACUCUAUGGUUCGGUCAAAAACACUCUACUAUCGAGUUUAUUACACGAAAUAGAUGUGCUGAGUGACACUUCUUGUACUGUAUUUACUUGUACUGCUGUGAUUGUUGAACAGAAACUGAAUAUUCGCAAUGAGACAC